GUGCAGUGGGAUUGCUGUGGUCGCCACAGCUACAUGCGGGAGAGAGCUUUUACUCGAUUAACGUCAUCGCGUUGGGUUUGCUCUGGUGCAGCUGCACUGAAGACCUGCUAUUAACACUGAUGCCAUAAAUCAUUUCCAGCUGACUUCUCUGAAGAGCCAAGAGCUUGUUCACUGGCUGACCACACGGUCUGUCUCUGAACAGCGUUUUCAUCAAUCCUCCAAAAACAAGAAACUAAGACAGGAAUUAUGUCCGGGAAGUGAAUUAGACAGGGGAGCAGAAUAGAUGUGAUUGCAGUUAUGUGAGCUCCUUGUUUGAGAGCUACCUUAUCUGUUUGUCUUCCUAGUAGGGGUGGUGCUACUAUUAGGGACAGCAAAUGGUUCUUCAGUGAACCAUUUCCUGACUAGUGACGUAUUCAGCUGUGAUUCUGUAUAAACCAUUAGCGUUUGGGCUCUUGCCUAUGGAAUCUGCUUCAGUCCUUUGAUUCCUACAUGGAGAUACAAAACUUUUCCACUUGGCCCUCAUCCUAAAUUUUCCAGUUGUUUUCUACACUGCAGAGCUUUCUACACUGUCAGACAAACGAGUAAAAUGUUUCCCUUUUCUCUUCCCAGUCCAUGUAGCUGUAUUCUUUUCCACUUGGAAAUGUGUUGGAAUAGAAAUGCAAUGGGUUUUUAUGCUGGACCAUUUGCUUAAUAGCUUGAGUUGUGUACCUUCAGAUAUGCAUCGGGUAUCCACAAAAGAGCUUUUGUGUGAGCACACCAAUGUCUGUUCCAUACCCUGCUGAUCCAGGUGUGGAAACAUAAAUAAUACAGAUGAUGUGGUCCCCUGGUGUUAGGUUAGGGAAGUUUGAAUAAACAGUGGUAGGGGAAAUGAUUGUGAGUUUGCUGGAAGCCCCAGUGCAGGUGAACAUGCUACGGCAAUGUACGAGCAGCAGAAGGAAAAUCUUUGAAAGAAACAUUAAUCAGGCAGAUAGCAAAUAUCUCUUGUUCCGAAUGAGCAAUUUAGUUACAACAUAUAUUAUAGUUACAUUUGAUUGAUGUCUUUAAAAAAAAAAAAGGUUUGGUUUAUAAAGGUAAAAUAGAUUACGGCCAAAGGGUGCCUGUUGGGUGCCUCUGUUUCAGGUGCCUCCACUUCUUGUAUACUUAAAAAACCCAACAACAACAACAAAACACAACACCUUGGCUCAAAUCUCACAAUAUGCAGCUGUAACAUUUAGAAACUAAUGGAGAAAUGUGACAUCGCCACAAGGCCCUGGUCUACACGAGGAGUUGAGGUCGAAUUUAGCAGCGUUAAAUCGAUUUAACCCUGCACCCGUCCACACGACGAAGCCCUUUUUUACGAUUUAAAGGGCUCUUAAAAUCGAUUUCCUUACUCCAUCUGUGACAAGGGGAUUAGCGCUGAAAUCGGCCUUGCCGGGUCGAAUUUGAGGUACUGUGGACACAAUUAAAUGGUAUUGGCCUCCGGGAGCUAUCCCAGAGUGCUCCAUUGUGACUGCUCUGGACAGCACUCUCAACUCAGAUGCACUGGCCAGGUAGACAGGAAAAGGCCUGCAAACUUUGGAAUUUCAAUUUCCUGUUUGGCCAGCGUGGCAAGCUGCAGGUGACCAUGCAGAGCUCAUCAGCAGAGGUGACCAUGAUGGAGUCCCAGAAUCGCAAAAGAGCUCCAGCAUGGACCGAAUGGGAGGUAUGGGAUCUGAUCGCUGUAUGGGGAGAGGAAUCCGUGCUAUCAGAACUCCGUUCCAGUUUUCUAAAUGCCAAAACAUUUGUCAAAAUCUCCCAGGGCAUGAAGGACAGAAGCCAUAACAGGGACCCGAAGCAGUGCUGCGUGAAACUUAAGGCGCUGAGGCAAGCCUACCACAAAACCAGAGAGGCGAACGGCCGCUCCAGGUCAGAGCCCCAAACAUGCCACUUCUAUGAUGAGCUGCAUGCCAUUUUAGGGGGUUCAGCCACCAUUACCUCAACUGUGUGCUUUGACUCAGUCAAUGGAGAGGGAUGCAACACGGAAGCAGGUUUUGGGGACAAGGAAGAUGAUGAUGAGGUUGUAGAUAGCUCACAGCAAGCAAGCGGAGAAAGCGGUUUUCCCAACAGCCAGGAACUGUUUCUCCCCCUGGACCUGGAGACAGUACCAUCCGAACCCAACCAAGGCUGGCUCCUGGACCCACUAGGUGGAGAAGGGAUCUCUGCUGCAUGUGUUUCAAUGAUCACAGGAUCUUCUCCUUCCCAGAGGCUAGUGAAGAUUAGAAGGUGAAAAAAACGCACUCGUGAUGAAAUGUUCUCUGAGCUCAUGCUGUCCUCCCACACUGACAGAGCACAGACAAAUGUGUGGAGGCAGACAAUGUCAGAGUGCAGGAAAGCACAAAAUGAGCGGGAGGAGAGAUGGCGGGCUGAAGAGAGUAAGUGGCUGGCUGAAGCUGAAAGGUGGCAGCAGCGUGAUGAGAGGAGACAGGAUUCAAUGCUGAGGCUGCUGGAGUAUCAAACUAAUAUGCUACAGCGUAUGGUUGAGUUGCAGGAAAGGCAGCAGGAGCACAGACCACCGCUACAGCCCCUGUGGAACCAACCGCCCUCCGCCCCAAGUUCCAUAAACUCCUCACCCAGAUGCCCAAGAACGCUUUGGGGGGGCCUCUGGCCACCCAGCCACUCCACUCCAGAGGAUUGCCCAAGCAACAGAAGGCUGGCAUUCAAUGAGUUUUAAAGUUUUAAACUUUUAAAGUGCUGUGUGGCCUUGUCCUUCCCUCCUCCACCAUCCCACUCGGUGCUUCUCUCCUCCACCACCCCUCCUGGGCUACCUUGGUAAUUAUCCCCCUAUU